UUCGAAGAUCAGUUCAGUUGCAAGUGUCCAAAGAGACUAAAAGAAAAUCAACAAAAGUUGUAAACAAGGAGAUUAAACAACUAAAUUUACCUUAAUUUUUCUGUUCCAAUUUAAACUGUUCAAUUGAUUAUUUUCCAUUUGUGUUUUUCUUCAAGUGUUUAAUUGAUCACAAAAUAAAAUCAACGAUGAACAAACAAUUGUUGUUCGUUUUGUUUGCCACUUCUGUUCUCUUGUGUUGCCAAUAUGUUCGAGCCGAGGAAGAAUUUGAAGACAACGAAGAAUCUUUCGAUUCUGAUGAUACUGUUCUCGAAAGAGAGAGACGAGACAUUUCCGCUGAUUUAGAAGGAGCCGAAUCGGGAAUCGGUGGUGCCGGUGGUGCAGGUCUCGCUGGCUUCAAGAAAGGUGCCGCUGGUAGUGGUGCUGCUGGAUUCAAGGCUGGAAAGGCUGGAAAAGCUGCUUAUGCUGCUGGUGCCAAAGGUGCCAAAGGUGGUGCUGCCUAUGGAGCUGCUGGUGCCGCUGGUGGAAAGAAAGGAGCUGCAGUGAAAAAAGGAUUCGCUGCUGGUGCUUUCGGUAAGAAAUUCGGAAAGAAAGGAGGAUUCGUCAAAGCCGGAGGUGCAGGUUACAACAAGAAAAUCGGAGUCAUCAAGAAGUUCGGUGUUAGCCAAGGUUUCAAAUUCGGAAAGGCCGCUGGUUAUGGUGCUGCUGGUGGUGCUGUUGGUGGUAAAGCAGUUAAGGCUGGUUUCGCUGGAGCUGCUGGUGCCGCUGGUUUCAAGAAAGGUGCUGCUGGUGGUAAGAAAGGAUUCGCCGCUGGUGCCGCUGGAUCAGCCGGUGGUAAGGCUGGUGCUGCAGGAGCUGCAGGUUUCAAGAAGGCCGCUGGAGCUGCUGGAGCAGCCGGAGUUAAGAAAGGCUUCGGAGCUGGUGGUCUUGGAUUCGGUCGAUAAACUAUCCCCCUCAUUUAAUCACAUCGCCCUGACUAUUAAGUUUCUUUUAAUAUUAUCAACAAUUUAUGGUUGAUCAUUAAUAAGGAACAAAAAAAUGUUGAUCAAAAUCAAAAUCAAACUCGAACUCAAAUGAAGGUAAAAGUAAUUCAAACUUUUCUUCCUUCAUCAUAAUCAUCAUCAUCAACCUUUAGAAUUAGAAUUAAGUUGAACGAGAAACAAAAAAAAUGACAAAAUUAGAAAAAGUUUCGCCAUAAAAAUAUCAACAAUUUAGGAUCAACAGCAACAAUUUAACUCUAACAAUAAUUCAAAUCCAAUAACAACAGAUUCAUUAUUUUUGUACAUCCGCUUUCAAUUGAUCUGAUGAAUGUAAAUUAAUUUACUUUUUUACUUUCUAAAGUUUCAUUAAAUUAUCUUAAUCUUAUUUCCAUAA